AUGACCUCAUUAGAUGGCAAUAGAAAACGAGCUGGCUCGCUAAGAACUCAGAUGUUUAAUAAGCACCUCUACGAUAAAUUUACAGGAAAAUCCAAUACUUCAGCUGGUAAUGAUGAUGAUAUUCAACUAGGAAACAUCCCCGAGGGGUCCAAUGAAAAUAAUUUUGAUGUUCUGGAGGAGGAUCUUGAAGUUGAUGAUGACGAAGAUGUCGCUGAAGUGGAAAAUAACAAUCAAUUACCUAGCGUGUUGACGCGAUUGUUGGAUCUCCUAUUAGAUCGAUCGAGAACUCUACGUUCCAAAGAUGGGCGACAUAUACCUAUAUCUUUGGAUCAUUCCGUCGCUCAAUUUCAACGCUAUACAAAUACAAAGCAUAAAAAAAACGCUGGGCUUCUUAUAGAUGAAAGAACGUCCUCUGUUUACUGUAAUAAUAAUAUCACUUCAUCGAGAUACACUAUUUAUUCCUUUUUUCCAAAACAGUUGUAUGCCCAGUUUUCGAAAGUAGCAAACGUUUACUUCUUUGUUGUAGCAAUACUUCAAAUGAUUCCAGGCUGGUCCACAACGGGUACCUACACGACAAUUGUACCCCUAUGUAUAUUUAUGGGGAUCUCUAUGGCAAGAGAAGCGUGGGAUGAUUUUAGACGACAUCGAUUAGAUAAAGAAGAAAAUAAUAAGACAUGUAGCAUAUUAACUAAAGAGUUUAGUAACAAACCAAUGCCAGAUGAUGCACAACUGCCGUCAAGGCAGAAUAUUGAUAAUCUAUCGAAUGAUAGUAAUACAGAUUAUCUGAAUACGAAAUUUAAUAAUUUCCCAUUUUUAGAGGAGCGGCAUGGGGUACGAAUCCAGGAGACUACAUGGAGCAAUCUACAUGUAGGUGAUUUUGUACUUCUGAAGCAGGAUAAUUGGGUGCCGGCAGACAUUUUGGUGUUAACAAGUGAUGGAGACAAUAAUGAGUGUUUUGUGGAGACAAUGGCAUUGGAUGGUGAGACUAAUUUAAAAGUGAAACAGCCGCAUCCUGAACUGAAUAAGCUAGCCUGCUCGGCGUCGGGUUUGGCAAAUAUAAAUGCCUUAAUCACCGUUGAAGAUCCAAAUAGUGACCUGUAUAAUUUUGAAGGGAACUUAGAAUUGACGGAUAAUAAUAAUAAUUCUUUGAAAAAGUAUCCAGUUGGUCCAGAUAAUGUUGCAUAUCGCGGAAGUAUAAUUAGAAAUACUGACAACGUUAUUGGUAUGGUUAUCUAUACUGGGAAGGAAACCAAGAUUCGAAUGAACGCCUUGAAUAAUCCACGUACUAAGGCACCGAAGUUACAAAAGAACAUUAACAUCAUUAUUACAUUCAUGGUUUUUGUGGUUGCUGUAAUUUCUUUAUUCUCAUAUUUGGGACAUGUCCUUCAGAAUAAGAAAGCUAUUGACGAAAAUCAAGCAUGGUAUUUACUGACUAAAGAUGCAGGUGCAGCUCCAACAAUUAUGUCAUUUAUUAUCAUGUACAAUACAAUUAUUCCUCUGUCGUUGUACGUCACUAUGGAGAUUAUAAAGGCCAUGCAAAGUAAAAUGAUGGAAUGGGAUAUCGAUAUGUACCAUUCAGAGACAAAUACCCCAUGUGAAUCUAGAACAGCUACCAUUUUAGAAGAAUUGGGUCAAGUAUCUUACAUGUUCAGUGAUAAGACAGGCACCUUAACGGACAAUAAGAUGAUAUUUCGAAAAUUUUCUAUAUGUGGAUCUUCCUGGUUGCACAGUACUGAUCUUGGCAGCAAUGCUUUAUAUAAGGGGUCUCCAAAUAGCAACAAUAGCGAUAUUGAUGUUGUAUCCUUAGAAAAUCAGAGUUUACUUGAUAAAUUUGUGAAGACAGAAGGAUCUACUGAGCUUGAUGCAAGAACGAACUUUCCUAAUUUUCGAGCUUCGGUUGAAUAUAAAGGUACUUCGUCAGCAGUGUAUACUGGAAGACCUAGUAUGAGAUCACUAUAUCCUCAAGAUCUCCAUUUAACACCGAACCCUUCCAGAAGUUCACGAGGAACAAGUGACGCGCCUGAUAAUAUUAAGACAUCUUUUGACCUGAUUCAAUUUAUUCAACAUAACCCGAACACAUUAUUUGCAAAAAAAGCCAAAUUCUUCAUUCUAUCGCUGGCAUUAUGCCAUACCUGCUUGCCAAAGAAAUCGAACUUCCCUGAAGGAGGAGAAGAUGUCAUUGAAUAUCAAUCAUCAUCACCGGAUGAGUUAGCUUUAGUUACAGCGGCAAGGGAUCUUGGGUACGUGGUCCUAAAUAAAAAUGCUGACGUAUUGACGAUAAAGACGUAUCCAGAUGGAUUUGAGAACGAACCUAUUUUUGAGGAUUAUCAAAUUUUAAAUUAUAUUGAUUUUAAUUCUCAAAGAAAAAGGAUGUCAGUACUAGUAAAGACCCCAGAUGAACCGAAUAAAGUUCUUCUGAUUUGUAAAGGUGCAGAUAAUAUGAUUUUGGAACGUUUACAAGAUCGUGACCUAGCAUAUCAGAAGAUGGAAGAUAUCAAUAGAAAUACCAGGGAGCGUAAGGAAUUGGAGGCAGGCCUGGUUAUUGAGCAAAGAAAGUCACUUGAGCGAAUGGCUUAUGAUGACGUACCAAGAAACUCUUUUAAGACAUCUUUGUCAAGCAACCCUAAGCCAAGUUUAUCCUUACAAGCUAUGCGCCGUAGCUUUUCUCCAAGAAACAGGCGAACAGAUGAAGGCCCUAUUGAUUCUAUCGAUCAAUUUUUAGAUAAUGUUAAGCGUAGUGAUAUGGAGAUUGAUGAAGUCGUUCUUAAUAGUAGAAAGUCACUAAGCAAGCAACAGUUGGAAAAAUACGGGCCAAGAUUAUCUCUAGGAUCUCCUUCAAAUAAAGAAAAACCAGGAAAUAAACCCAAUGCUAAGCAUUAUUUGAAACCUGUUUCAACAGAGGACGCUAGAGUAGAGAAGGGAAUGCUAGAAUAUAUUGGGAGUGACGACUUGCUUUUAAACGAUGGAUACGUGAUUGAAAAAACGAUACAAGCCAUUGAUGAAUUUUCGACAGAAGGGUUAAGAACCCUAGUGUAUAGUUACAAAUGGGUUGAUCUUCAGGAAUAUCAACAAUGGGAAGAUCGUUAUCAUGAUGCCAAAAUAUCGUUAACAAACCGUAAGAGUAAAAUUGCCGAAGUCGGUGAAGAAAUUGAACAAGAUUUGCAACUUCUUGGUGCUACAGCUAUUGAGGAUAAAUUACAAGAAGGAGUCUCUGAAGCGAUUGAAAAGAUAAGAAGGGCGGGAAUAAAAAUUUGGAUGUUAACUGGUGAUAAACGAGAGACAGCCAUCAAUAUUGGAUAUUCGUGUAAACUGAUCUAUGAUUAUUCAACAGUUGUGAUUUUGGCCAAGGGUGAUGAAAAUAUUAUUUCGAAGAUGAAUGCGAUCUCGCAAGAAGUUGAUUCUGGUAAUGUUGCGCAUUGUGUUAUCAUCAUUGAUGGGUCAACCUUGGCUAUGUUUGAAGGUAACCCAACUUUAAUGUCCGUAUUCAUUGAGUUGUGUACAAAAACAGAUUCUGUAAUUUGUUGUCGAGCUUCUCCUUCUCAAAAAUCGCUAAUGGUUACAAACAUUAGAAAUUCUAAUAAGAAUUUGGUCACUUUAGCAAUCGGAGAUGGUGCCAACGAUAUUGCAAUGAUCCAAUCAGCGGAUAUUGGUAUAGGUAUAGGUGGGAAAGAAGGUCUUCAAGCUUCUAGAACAGCAGACUACUCUAUUGCCCAAUUUAGGUUCAUAUUAAAAUUAUUGUUAGUUCAUGGGAGAUAUAAUUAUAUCCGAACGGCCAAAUUCAUUCUCUGCACUUUCUUCAAAGAAAUAACAUUUUAUUUGACCCAACUGAUUUUCCAAAGAUACACCAUGUUUUCAGGUUCAUCGUUAUACGAACCAUGGUCCUUAUCCAUGUUUAACACAUUGUUUACCUCUUUACCUGUUUUAUGUAUCGGAAUGUUUGAAAAAGAUUUGAAGCCAAUGACUUUGCUAACGAUUCCAGAAUUGUACUCGAUGGGGAGAUUAUCUCAAGGAUUUAAUCUUAUAAUAUUUGGAGAAUGGGUGAUUCAGGCAGCUGCAUAUGCAUUACUGAUAACCUUCUUAAAUAUAAUCAUCUGGGGAGAAACUGCAUUAUCCGAUCAUACCAUGUAUCCAUUGGGUGUCAUUAACUUUACCGCAAUUGUUGCAUUGGUAAAUGUUAAAUGUCAAUUUAUAGAGAUGAAUAAUCGUAAUUGGGUUGUCUUCACCUCUGUUAUCUUAUCUUGUGGUGGUUGGCUUGUUUGGUGUUGUGCCUUGCCUAUUCUUAAUCGUUCUGAUGUAAUUUAUGAUGUUCCGUAUGGUUUUUUUUAUCAUUUUGGUAAAGAUAUUACAUGGUGGUGUUCCUGUUUUGUAUUAGCUGUGUUACCAAUUACCAUUGACAUUGUAUAUCAGACUUUUAAGACAAUGAUAUGGCCUAGUGAUGCUGAUAUUUUCUCUGUACUUGAACAAAAGAGUGAAAUUAGGAAAAAAUUAGAAAUGGGUGCAUAUAAUGAGAUGAAGCAAGGAUGGACUUGGGAACAUGAUCCGAAUGCUUUCAAAAGAUAUAAGGAGAAAAUAUUGACGGCACAUUCAAGAUCAGGCUCUUAUACUGAUGAGGAAAUGGAGAUUGGUACAAGGGAAGGUAAUCCAAAAGUGUUCAGUAAAACUACCAUGAAAGCAGAGGUACCGUUAAAUGUACAAUCCAAAAUGAAUGGUAAUUUUUCCAAAUAUAACCCAGAAGAAUAUGAAACUUUACCAAGUGGGAAAAUAAUCAAGAAGCAAUCCAUGGAUUCUCAGAGUAGUUCAGAGCGACCUCUUAAUAUUGCAUCAAAACUAUCGAAAAAAUUAAGAUUUAGUUUGAAAAGCGAACCUGAAGAAGAUAUCGAAGAAAUUAUACAACAAAGAAUGAAGGAUUUGGAAUAA